ACAACAACAACAGGGACAAGUGCAACACAAGCAAAAACAACAACACAGUUAACCACUCCAUUAACAACCCGUUCAACAACGAAAUCACCUCCUGAAAUGGUUAAGAAUGUGACUGUGUUGAGACAAAAUGAGAGCAGUAUAACUCUGAUGUGGGACAAGGUUAACAACAUCUCAACAUACUUCCUACAAUAUGAUAAGAAGGAGGACUCUAUCAACGCAGUGAAAGGGUCAUCAGUUGAACAUGUGGUUACCUCCCUGAGUCCUGGAAGAAAAUAUAAGUUCACUCUCAUCACUGCGUUUGAGGGAAUCAACAGCACUGGAUACACAUUUGAAGCUGUCACUGUGCCCCUUAAUGCAGAAAAUUUCACAUCAGCUGGACAAAAUGAGACCAGCAUAACUCUGCAGUGGAAAAAAGUGAAGGACAUCCUCAAUUAUACACUUGAGUACAAUAGAACAGUGAUAAAUAUCUCUGCAUCACCGGGGUUAGAAAACGUGGAUCAAACAAUCUCGGAGCUCACAAGUGGGACUAAAUACAACUUCACUCUCUUCACUGUGUUUGAAACUGUCAGAAGCAGCGGAGUAAUAUACUCUGCAGCCACUGCUCCUGAAAUGGUUAAGAAUGUGACUGUGUUGAGACAAAAUGAGAGCAGUAUAACUCUGACGUGGGACAAGGUUAACAACAUCUCAACAUACUUCCUACAAUAUGAUAAGAAGGAGGAAUCUAGCAACGCAGUGGAAGGGUCAUCAGUUGAACAUGUGGUUACCUCCCUGAGUCCUGGAAGAAAAUAUAACUUCACUCUCAUCACUGCGUUUGAGGGAAUCAGCAGCACUGGAUACACAUUUGAAGCUGUCACUGCUCCCCUUAAUGCAGAAAAUUUCACAUCAGCUGGACAAAAUGAGAUCAGCAUAACUCUGCAGUGGACAAAAGUGGAUGGCUUUCCCAACUAUAUCCUUAAGUUCAAUGAAAAAGAGAUAAAUGUCCCAACAUCAGAGGGAAAUUCAGUGACACAAAUAAUUUCAGAUCUCACAAAUACAACGAAAUACAUCUUCACUCUCUUCACUGUGUUUGAAACUGUCAGAAGCAGUGGAGUAAACAUCACUGCAUUUACUGCUCCUAGAAAUGUGAAUAAUGUGACUGUGUUGACUCAAAAUGAGAGCAGUAUAUCUCUGACGUGGGACAAGGUUAACAACAUCUCAACAUACUUCCUACAAUAUGAUAAGAAGGAGGACUCUAGCAACGCAGUGGAAGGGUCAUCAGUUGAACAUGUGGUUACCUCCCUGAGUCCUGGAAGAAAAUAUAACUUCACUCUCAUCACUGCGUUUGAGGGAAUCAGCAGCACUGGAUACACAUUUGAAGCUGUCACUGCUCCCCUUAAUGCAGAAAAUUUCACAUCAGCUGGACAAAAUGAGAUCAGCAUAACUCUGCAGUGGACAAAAGUGGAUGGCUUUCCCAAUUAUAUCCUUAAGUUCAAUGAAAAAGAGAUAAAUGUCCCAACAUCAGAGGGAAAUUCAGUGACACAAAUAAUUUCAGAUCUCACAAAUACAACGAAAUACAUCUUCACUCUCUUCACUGUGUUUGAAACUGUCAGAAGCAGUGGAGUAAACAUCACUGCAUUUACUGCUCCUAGAAAUGUGAAUAAUGUGACUGUGUUGACUCAAAAUGAGAGCAGUAUAUCUCUGACGUGGGACAAGGUUAACAACAUCUCAACAUACUUCCUACAAUAUGAUAAGAAGGACUCUAGCAACGCAGUGGAAGGGUCAUCAGUUGAACAUGUGGUUACCUCCCUGAGUCCUGGAAGAAAAUAUAACUUCACUCUCAUCACUGCGUUUGAGGGAAUCAGCAGCACUGGAUACACAUUUGAAGCUGUCACUGUUCCCUCAAAGGUGGCUUUGGUCAAUGUGACUGAACGCUCUGUGAACAGCAUAACCCUGAUGUGGACAAAAGUGAAAAAAGACUGGGGCUACUUUAUCCAAAUUAAUGAGGAAAAUUACCAAGUUCGCCCAAAUACAACCAUUAAUGUUGUGUCCUAUCCAAUCACGUCUCUUAAGCCUGGAACAGAGUAUCGAUUCAGCGUGAUCACGGUGUUCUCUGAUCUCAACAGCACUGCUUACAAAGGCUUUACAGUAACAGCCAUAAACUGUACCGAUGUAGCCUGGCGUGUUACUAACUCAUCAAUCAAAGGACUGAUUAAAGGCUUGUUCUCGAAUGCAACAGCCACCUAUCACUCGCAAACUCAUGUCAGUCCUGAAGGUGAAAAUGUGUCAUUUACCGGCCUUUACCCUGGUGCGACCUAUGAAGUGUCUCUUGUGUACGAAAGAGAUUCAACAUUCUUUCUGCAGUGUAGCCACAAGCUGACAAUCUUUCCUCCAUAUUUAAGUGCUCACUGUGAGUACUGGGCAGCGGGCUAUUCUGUCUCCGUUGUCUGGAAUAAACCGGAUGGUGUGUGGACUUCAGUGGAAGUGAACGUGACUGGAAAAACUCACAUAGUGUCUGAAAAUAUGGAACAGCAUCUCAUAAUAUCUGGAGUCCUACCGGCCAGAAAAUAUGAGGUGUCUUUAGCUUCACUGUCUGGGACCGUAAGGAGUUCUGACCCAUUUGUUUUUUCGUGUCUUACUGAUCCGAGAGGAGUCAUUGCAGGGUCUGUAUUUGCUGUGCUGCUUUUUGGUGUCCUGGUCUGUCUGGCUGUCUUCAUUUUUUUGAAAAGACCAGAUAUCAUCAGCAGAAAAAAGCCAUUCAUUGGUGGUUCCAGACAAUCCAAUAAAAAGUGCAAAGCUAUUUCUGUGGCAAAGUUUCCAGACCACUUCUACCAAUUAUGUGCGGACGAGAACAGAGGUUUCAGCCAGGAAUAUGAGAGCCUCGUUCCUGUUGGCACAGAGCAAACAAAAAAGGCAGCUAUUCUACCUGAGAACAAACCGAAGAAUCGUUUCAACAAUGUCCAGCCAUAUGACUGGUGUCGGGUGAAGCUAACUACAUCCAAUCUCAAUAAUACCUCUGACUACAUUAAUGCCAGUUACAUGCCAGGCUACAACAGCAAAAGCGAGUACAUUGCCAGUCAGGGUCCUCUGCCCUCCACAGUCAAUGAAUUCUGGAGGAUGAUCUGGGAACAAAAGGUGAAAGGCAUCGUCAUGGUAACCAACUGCACUGAGGGAGGACGGACUAAGUGUGAACGAUACUGGCCUGCAGACAGUAAGCCUUGCCCUUACGGAGAGCUGUCGGUCACCAUCAGAUCUGAGCAGCAGGAGCCCGACUGGACACUGAGGGAAUUUAGAGUGAAACAUAUGAACUCAGCGGAGCGCACAGUGAAACAUUUUCACUUCACUGCCUGGCCUGACCAUGGAGUCCCACAGGGCACAGAAGUCCUGAUCCAGUUCAGAGGACUGGUGAGACAGCACAUAGAGAGAGAAGGGGAUGGAGCACCAACUGUGGUUCACUGCAGUGCUGGAGUGGGGAGGACAGGCACUCUCAUUGCCCUGGAUGUGCUGCUUCAGCAGCUAGAGAAAGAAAGAGCAGUGGGCAUCCAUGGCUUUGUGCACAAGAUGAGACUGAGCCGACCAUACAUGGUGCAAACAGAGUCCCAGUAUGUUUUUCUGCACCAAUGCAUCAUGGACUGUCUGCAGCCAAAUGAGAAGACUGAAGAGCACAUAUAUGAGAAUGCAGACAUGAUAUACGCCAAUGCCACUGCACUCCGAGAACUUCGUCAAACAAAUGCCUAAACUAAACAAGAUUGCUAGCACUGAAGUCAGUCUUUUAUGCACUAAAUGAAAAACAUUCUAAAUUCUACAUGUGGUAUUUUGUUAUAUAAACCGUAAAUAUGAAAAACAUUUCUUAUAUAUAUUUACUGUACAUGCAUAGCACUCUUCUUAUUUUAACUUGUAAAUUUCUGUUCCUUUCAUCUAUAAAGUGUAAAAUUAUUAUUAUCAUCAUCAUCA